ACUCCUCCCAAACUUCUCUCAAGUUAUUUCCAAGCGGUGAGAUUUCAAGGAGAAUGGAUUCAAUCAACCAACGAGACAGAAUAUCAAGUUUACCAGAUGUAGUUCUGGUUAUGAUCCUCUCUUUCUUGUCCUUCAAGGAUAAUAUAAAGACGAGCGUUCUCUCGAAGCGCUGGAGGAACCUUUGUUAUGAAACAGGGAACAUUUCCUUUAAGGAAUCAGAGUAUGUGGACCACUCUGUCUCCGACUUCUGGUCCAAAAGGGUGUCAUUUGUUCACUAUAUGCUCAACUGGGUCUCUAGAGUUCCCAUUGAGGUUAUCAAAAGUUUUGAAAUUUGUCUCGGUUAUCCUGUUGGCUUCGAGGCAGAGAUCAAGUAUUUGAUUGAGUUUUCCAUCUCAAGACAAGUGAAGAACCUAGUUCUUGACUUCUCAAGCCCUUAUUGGAGAAACACAUGGGAUGGGUUAAGAUAUGAUGACUUUGUUAUUGAAUUGCCUACACUCUCUUACGGUCUACAAACCCUCGAAUCAUUGAAGAUUUACGCAUGCUGGUUUGACCCCUCGAGAUUCGAAAACUUAGGACUAAGAAAGCUCUCUAUUGGUUGGUUCAGACUCAAAAAGAUCGAAUCUCUGCUAUCAAAGUGCCCUUUGCUUGAGAGUUUGAGUAUCAUCUCUUGUUACCUUGAUGAGGUUAUGUUAGCUGGGAAUAUUAGAGAAUUGAUCAUGGAGAACUGCAUUAUCCCUACCAUGUAUUGUGCGUUAAACCUACCUAACAUAGACAUCUUCAAAUACUCCGGAAAUGUUAUCGUCUUUGAUUUUCAGAAAGUGAAUAUGAUACUACUAAAAGAGGUGUACUUAGAUUUUGGAAUAGAGCAUGAUAAUGACGAACCAAUCUAUUCAACUAAUAAAGAAGCUGGAGAUAUUCUUUCCCAUCUGCUUAAUGAUCUUCGGUCUUCUAGGACCUUGACUGUCUGCCCUUAUCUCCUUGAGGUGAUUCCAGAAUGUAACGAUCCGGUUGAUAUGCUUCGUGAUGUGGUAACACAACAUCUGGUGCUAGAAACGCUUCUACAUCCGAAGGAGUUUACAGGAAUUAGGCUCCUUCUCGAUCAUUGCCCGAACUUAGAGACCCUCACUUUGGAGCUUCUUUGUCCAAGACCUUUCCCUAUGCCUUCAUGUGGUGGCAUAAGUUCACAGACACUUUGGCUGGAAAACAUUUCAUCGAGGCCGGAGCAUGGGUAUGCAUUGGAAAGAGUUGAACUCUACAUGCCGACUUGGCUGAAAGGAACUCAAAGGCAGUGGGCACACUUUGGAGCCGUGAUGUUGCAAAGCACUUCAAAUCGAGUACAAGUUGUUUUGCACAACGGUUGGUGCAUUCGUUGAUGUUUUCAAGUUGAAUUUAUCGACACCUAAGGUUGGAACUUUUGGUAUCUUGGUUUGUUUGAUUUAUGAAUAAGAGCCUCGGAAUAACGAGGACUUGGUUUUGGUUUUCUCUGCAAACCAAAAACAAUAAUAAAUAUUUGAGUAAUCA